AUGCUUGAAUUUAGCGAAGGUGUUACCGACCUAUUUGCCGAACUUCAAGAAACUCUCGCCAAUGGACACAUUCCUUUCUCAACACCACUUGCCCCGGUUGAUGAGGAGCAUGAGUUAGUUGAUUACAGCGAGCCUGACUUUGGCAUAGAUAUUCCAGACUCUGACCCUCCAGCGGAGAGGGCUGCCCGCAUCACUCUUUCUCCAGAUACUCCCACAUACCCAUGGGCCUCAAAAGCGGAUUUUAUAACGGCGCUUCUGUUCAGCUCCCCCCGGCUCCCCUUUUCUGAUGCCCAGAAGAAGGCAGUGCUCAACUGGGCUAAGGAGCUCGGCGCACGCGACGUUCCUUCACUCUAUGCUAUCAAGAAGUCUCAGGCAUUUGUUGAAGAUACUGUCGGCCAACCAACGGAGAAGGUCAGCGCUCGGUCUGGUAACAUAUUUUAUAUCAAUAAUAUUGCGAACGCAAUCGCCAAGGACUACGGCAACCCACUCACAAGGUUUGCUAUGCACGACUACCCGGAAGAUGGCGGGAAUGGAAUGUCCCAAAUCUUCAACGGGAGGAAAAUGCUACUGGACCUUCCGUCUCCUCCAGCAGCCCGUGUCGACGGGAAGGUGUUUUUUGUAGACGAGAUAUUGCAGGAGUGUUCGGGGGACUAUUUUGUCCCAGAGCGAUUUUUCCUUGGCUCUUCAUCUGUCAACGACUCCAUCGAACGUGGCGAGAAAUCCGAUACCAAAGUCUUGUAUGCGCUCGGUAGGGCCAUUCAACGAACGGAUGACGGAUUUAUUGUGAACGACGAACAGGAAAUAUUACCGACGUCAAUGUUUGUGCGCUCGUAUGAAGACAUCGCAUCAACGGGUGAGCUAGAUGUUGGUCUCACACCCUCUUCUGCCAAGUACGCCUCACUUGCACCAAACGCAUUGCGCGAGAAGGCACAAGGCCGAAUGGUGUAUACAGUGCCAUUGAUAAUUUUCAUGGACGACGUAUCGGGAAAUAUUUCGAAGCAGUGGAACAAGCACCAUGCGGUGUAUAUGUCCAAUGCAAACCUUCCACGGGAAAUGCUUGAGAAGGAGUUUUUCGUCCGAUUCGUUACAUCCUCUCCCCACGCCGCGCCAAUGGAACUUAUUGUUCGUAGCAAAGCAGCGCAGUCCGGUAUUGUUGCUUGGGAUUGCAAGGAUGGCGAGGAGGUGAUGCUAAUCCCGUAUGGGUUAUUUAUUGCAGGUGAUAACCCAAUGCAAGCCGAAGAAUGCAGUCAUGCGGGCCUCAAUUGUAAUUAUUUUUGCCGAACGUGCGAUGUCGGCGGCACAAAGGAAUUCAAGGCGUCCGACGAAGGCUACAAUAGUAUCUUUACGUUGGGAAAUUUACGGACACCCGAAAAGACUACCAAAGACAUUCAGCACCAGUUUGACGCCGCCAUGAAACCAGGUGCCACGACCAAAGUACAGAAUGCAAUGUCUUCCACGGGUGUUCGCGAUAGCGCUUCAGCAUCAAUCCUGGAAUCGCUUGUCGAGCUCGGUAAGAAACUUCGUAAACGCGAGCCAGGCGUUCAAGCGAUGUCUGAACGUGAUGUUACCGUGGCACUCGAAAAAGAGUUUGAGGAUCAGCUACGAGGUGCAACGUUACCUGAUGUCAUCAAUCCAUUGCUGGGGAUGAAUGGAAUCAGUAUGCACUUAGAUACACCAACGGAGAUCCUCCACACGGUACUGCUGGGUGUCGUCAAAUAUUUUUGGGGUCAGACCGUCUUUCUCCUUGAGAAAGCAAAGUUACUCCACCUUUUUCAGAGCCGACUUGAGUCUGUUGACAGGGACGGGUUGAACGCGCCCUCCCUUAAUGCCCAAUAUAUCUGUCACUACAAGGGAAGUCUUAUUGGAAAACACUUUAAGAGUCUGGCUCAGGUAAUGCCCUUCUUGGUCCAUGAUCUCGUUCCUCGGACGGUUGUCAACGCAUGGACCGUAAUCGGGGAACUUGUUGCGCUCGUGUGGCACACAUCAAUACUGGACACUGAAGCAUAUCUCGCAAAAUUGUCCCGAACGAUCGAGGAUUUUCUCAACGUUACGGCUCAGUGUGCUCCGAGCAUUCUCAUCAGCAAGCCAAAAUUCCAUUUUUUGGUUCACUUACCAGCAUACAUACGACGCUUCGGACCCGCGAUCAUAUUCUCGACUGAGAGAUACGAAUCUUUCAAUCACGUUUUCCGGUUAUCGUGCAUUCACAGCAAUCGACGCGCGCCUAGCCGAGAUACAUGUCGACUGUUUGCCUACCAGGACAUCGUCAAACACGUUGCGACUGGCGGAUUUUGGUAUCAUUCCAAUACGAAAAAGUGGAUUCGCGGAGGGGAGCAGGUUAUACAUUAUCUCAGCGAGCACCCUGAACAAGCUCACCUUCUCGGCCUAUCAAGUAUCUUGCGCGACCCCCUAGUGCCUGGUGAGUUCGCACAAAGAACAGAUGCAGUACCGUGGAGGGAUACUCACUGUGCAAAGAUCCUCGGAGCUGCUCAAUCCGGUGCUUCUUACUAUCAUGGAAAAUCCCUCGUGACGAGUACGGGAGAACAAGUUGGUGUCAACCGUCAUGUCAUCUUCCGAGGAUCGACAGAUGGAAAGAUGUCUAUUGGAUGUGUCCGUGAAAUUCUCAUUUCGCCCGGCACCAGGAAAACCGUGGAACACGUUGUGUUACAACUUUUUACAAUCGGACCUACAUUACAUCCUUUGCUAUUUUUACCCUGUCUGAACCUUACGGACGAGGAGAUAGUUUUGACGCCAGCAGACAUUAUAUGCGCCGUCAAUAUUCAACACAACUGCAUUGAUUCGAAGUGCGCAGACAUGCGUCAGCAGCCCAUACAUCAAGAACGAAUCGAAACCGCUCGAACGAAAGCUGUCGUUCAGCAUCAAUCAACUCCACACUAUUUCCUGAACGCCUACUCGAUUCACAACUGCGAUUACAUCCAAAUGGUCAUCCCAGAGACGCUUCGCGAGACCCCGUUGAGAGUCAUCAAUCCAGCUGAGGCUCGGACACUGGCUGUGAGGCAGAUGAAGGACAAGAAAGCAGCAAAAAAAGCUGGUGAGGUCCCUCCAAGUCAAGAAGCUAAUGCUGUGGUGGAAGGUGCUCAAGACACACCGGCACCAGCUGCUGCUUUCGAUCGAGCUCCCGCA